AUGGCUGUUGGUAAGAAUAAGAGAUUGUCUAAGGGCAAGAAAGGAUUGAAGAAGAAGGUCGUCGACCCUUUCACCAGAAAGGAAUGGUUUGACAUCAAAGCUCCAUCUACUUUCGAACACAGAGCUGUUGGUAAGACUUUGAUUAACAAGUCUACAGGUUUAAAAAAUGCCGCUGAUGGAUUGAAAGGACGUGUUGUUGAAGUUUCCUUAGCUGAUUUACAAGGAUCUGAAAACCAUGCCUACAGAAAAAUCAAGUUGAGAGUUGACGAAGUACAAGGAAAGAACUUGUUGACCAACUUCCACGGUUUAGACUUCACAUCUGAUAAAUUGAGAUCUUUGGUUAGAAAAUGGCAAUCUUUGGUCGAAGCAAAUGUCACUGUCAAAACUUCAGAUGAUUACGUUUUGAGAAUCUUUGCUAUUGCCUUCACGAAGAGACAACCAAACCAAAUCAGAAAAACUACUUACGCUCAAACUUCAAAGUUGAGAGAAAUUAGAAAAAAGAUGAUUGAAAUUAUGCAAAGAGAAGUUUCCAAUGUUACCUUAGCUCAGUUGACUUCCAAGUUGAUUCCUGAGGUUAUUGGCCGUGAGAUUGAAAAAUCCACUCAAACCAUCUUCCCCUUGCAAAAUGUUCACAUCAGAAAGGUUAAGUUAUUGAAACAACCAAAGUUCGAUUUGGGUGCUUUGAUGUCCUUACACGGCGAAGGUUCUUCCGAAGAAAAGGGUAAAAAGGUUUCUUCUGGGUUCAAGGAUGUUGUAUUGGAAGCUGUCUAA